CGGGUGGUCGCGGACAGCGCAGCGCCGAGCACAUGGCCGGGCCGCCCCGCCCGGCGCUGGCCGAGGUGCGGGCGGCGGAGGAACGGCUCCGCGACCGGCUGCACCGCACGCCGCUGCUCACCAGCGGGAGCCUGGACCGCCUGGCCGGCCGACGGCUGCUCUUCAAGUGCGAGCUCUUCCAGAGGACCGGUUCCUUCAAGAUCCGUGGUGCCCUGAAUGCAGUCAGGAGCCUCGUUGAGGAGAGCAAACGCGCUGGAGGGGGGCUGCCUCGGGCUGUCGUGACGCACAGCAGUGGGAAUCACGGGCAGGCGCUCGCCUGUGCUGCCCAGGCAGAAGGGAUUCCCGCCUAUAUCGUGGUGCCCCGGACAGCCCCACACUGUAAGCAAGCUGCCAUCCGUACCUAUGGUGCAACACUGGUGCCAUGUGAGCCCAAUGACAAGUCCAGAGCAGAGACAGCAUCUCGCGUAGUCCAGGAGACAGGAGGAGUCAUGGUGCACCCCAACCAGGAGCCGGCGGUGAUUGCAGGGCAAGGUACAAUCGCCCUGGAGGUACUGGAGCAGGUGAGGGAAACGCACAGCCCGGACCCGGCCCAGGGCUCUGCUCCUCGUAGGCAGGGGCACAGCAAAAAGGGGUACCCGAGGUGCCAGAAGCAGUCACGCUUCCUUUCUGCACAGGCACCCGAGGUAAAUGCAAUAGUGGCUCCCGUUGGAGGUGGAGGAAUGAUUGCAGGAAUAGCAGUUGCCAUCAAGGCUUUGAGACCAGAUGUGAAAGUGUUUGCUGCUGAGCCACGCAACGCAGAUGACUGUUACCAGUCCAAGGUAAGAGGGGAACUGACCCCCAACCUUCACCCGCCGGAUACCAUCGCAGAUGCAGUUAAAACCAGCAUCGGACCAAACACAUGGCCCAUCAUCAGGGAUUUGGUUGAUGAUGUCCUGACAGUCUCAGAGGAAGAAAUCAAGCAAGCCACGCGGCUGGUGUGGGAAAGGAUGAAGCUGCUGAUUGAGCCAACAGCAGGCGUGGGAGUGGCAGCCGUGCUCUCGGAGCAGUUCCAGGCAGUCCCCCGGGAUGUGGAGAACGUUUGCAUCGUGCUGUGCGGGGGAAACGUGGACCUGAGCUCCCUGACCUGGCUCACAGACCUCCCUGGGAAAGUGGAAUGAGAACGGAGCGGUGUCUCAAGUGACGGAAACCUCACUCUGAAUUUGUACAGUCUGGUUUGUGCGCUACUAAAAACCAGAUAAACAACCCCAAA